AUGGCCGAUCAAGUUGAAGCAGCAGGAGCCACAAAGACAGCAGCAGCAGGAAAGAGUGAGGAAGGUAAGGCGGCGGGACGCGAAGGAACGGUAAAGGCUCACAGUAAAAGCAAAGACGAUGGACACGAAAAUAUUUCUCGUUGUCUUGUGUAUUGCAGACUUCGCCCCAAAAAUAAAACAGACUACAAGAAUGGUGGUUACCAACUUGUUACUACAGAAAAUACUCGUAUUGUUUUGAAGGAUGAGUGCAAUUAUAAUUUUGAUGGUGCGUUUGAUGAAAAUACUACCCAAGAGGAGAUUUUUGAAACUGUAGCUGUGCCAUGCAUUAAUCACGCAUUUAAUGGUUUUUGCUCCGCGUUAAUGUGCUAUGGCCAGACGGGUACUGGAAAAUCUUUUACGAUGUGUAAUACUACUUCAGGACAAGAGGGAAUUAUUCCUCGUGCUGCCAAACUUAUUUUUGAAAAAGUAAACUCAGACUCUCAGAGAAAUUACGAAAUUGUUGGACAAUUUGUGCAAAUAUAUCGUGACCAUCUCGGAGAUUUAAUGGUGGGAUCUGGUAAAGAUCGAGUUGAUAUUCGUUUUGAUGAAGUGGAGGGUGUAGAACUCACAGGGUGUACCUCUCAUGUUCUGCAUAGUGCGCAAGAGUUCAUGCGGUUUUAUCACAAUGGUAAUGAACGUCGUGUGGUGACUGCAACCGCUAUGAAUCCAGAGUCCAGUCGUGGACACACAGCACUUAUUAUACGCGUUAUAUCUGAACAAGCGGAUGAUCCUGCAUCAGGGAAAGUAAAGGGUAAAAUUACCUUUAUUGAUCUAGCAGGUUAUGAAAGAUUCAGUAAAACAGGUAUUACAAAUGACAACCCUAUUAUGAAGGAUGAAGCAAAAUGUAUUAAUGCGUCUUUACUUUCUCUUGGUCAUGUUGUUUCAGCACUAUCAUCUGGUGGUCGUCAUAUUCCAUGGCGAAAUUCAAAACUCACACGAAUUUUACAAGAUUCAAUUGGAGGUAGAAGUCGUACAUCUAUUAUUCUUACUGUUGGACCAAGUAGCGAUCAUCUUCACGAAACAACAAACUCACUGCAGUUCGGUUUACGUGCUAUGGCUGUAAAAGUGGUGGCAAGGCAAUCUGUGUCUGUGGAUUAUGAAAAAUUGGCCCGUAAACUUCAAACUUUAUUGGAUGAAAAAGAUGAAAGAAUUAAUCUUCUUGAGGUUCAAAUAGCUAGUCGUGAGGCUGAACGACAGGAAUUAAAAGAAAUGUAUGAACGACGAAGGAUGGAAGUUGAUAAGAGGUUUGAAAGUGGUAUGGCUCAUCUUCAAUCUAUUGGAGCAUCUGAAGAACAAGUUGAAAAGUUGCGUGAAGUUUACAGAGUGGAAGUGGAGAACCUUCAGGAACAACAGAAUGAGGAAAUUGAGUACCAAGAAGAAGCUCAUUCAAAGGAAAUUACGAAACUUAUUCAAGAACAAGAACGUCAAGAGGCAAAACGACGAGCGGAGAUGAAAUUGGCUCAAGAACGUAUUAUUGAGGAAUUUCAGAGCAAACUUGAUAAAGCGCGUGAGGGAACGAAUGAAGACCUUCUUAAGGCUUUACAAGAAUUGGCUCAAAAAGAUGCUCUUUUGGCAAGUCGAGCUAAUGACACUGUCAGAUUGCAUGAACAUAUUGAAGUUCUUACAGAACAGAUUAAAGAAUUAGGUGGUGUUCCUGUUCAAGAAGCUGUAUUCCCAGAAACUUUUCUUGAUGUUGGACAGGUUGAAGAAAUUCAGGAGAGACUGGAAGCUGAAAUAAAUCGGGAACAUGCUAAGGCUGUGGAAUUACGUGCUCAACUUGACCGACUUACUAUUACAUGUGCUGAACGUGUGGAGGAAAUUAAUAAACUUCAGGAUGAAAAUAAACAACUACGUGAAUAUCUUGCCAAAAAUGGUUUAGAAGUAACUGAUACAGAUGAAAUUACAGAAUUUUUACGAACAAAACGAUCGAUGAUGGUUGACAGUUCUGAAGUGGAGACACUUAGAGUCACCAUGCAAGCCGAUAUUGAUGAACUCAAGUCACGUAAUGCGGCACUUGAACGAGAAUUGGAAACCCUGAAAUUUGAACGUUCACAAAAUUUCAUUCCACUCACAGCACGUAUUCGCGGUACAGCACGGGGGACGGCACGUGGUACAGCACGCGGUCUUCCUCCAUUAUAUCCAGGGUUAAAUACAGGGCGAAGUACACAGGACUCACGACAGAACAAUGCACGCUCUGACGAAACAGGGUCAAACUCAGUUUACUCUCAAGCGGAUAAUACACCAAGGGCGAUAAGGCAACUCUCUGAUCAAUUGGCAUUCAGCAUGCGAGAGAAGAAUGCUUUACAAGAACGUGUUCGUACGCUGGAAGCAGCAGUAGCAUCAAGUGAUGAUGCACCGAAACCCUAUGUACCUCCAAUUAAUUUGGGUAUUUCUGGUGUGGUUUCUUCUUCUUCCACUCCAACUCCUGGAACAGGUAAUAUUGAUGGUAAACCACAGGAAGCUACAGAAGAAACAGAUAUGGAUGUACUACUAAAGGUGAAGGAUGAUGAAAUUGAUACCUUUUUGGAAACGAUUGAGCGACAAGAAUACCUUCUGACAAGUGCACGGUCUAAUGAUGAAUUUUAUCAAAGGGUAUUAAGUGAACUCCAUCAGCAAAUGACAGCUGCAAAUUUAGAAGUACCAGAACAUAACAUUAUUCCCCCUCCAGUUGAAUCUAUUGCAAUGGAUGAUUAUAUGUCAAUAUUACGAACAGUACGUGAUGCAGAGCGAAGGUUAACGGGUAUUAUUUUGGGGCGUGAAGGUAAUGACACCCCAGAUGUAGAGAACAUCCUUGAUGAAAAGGAUAAGGAAUUAAUGAUGAAGGAAGAACUAAUUGUUGAAAAGGCAUCAAAAGCUCAGUAUGCGGCAAAAUUGUGUAUUCGACUUAAAAAUCAGAUGGAAAGAGUGGGUGUCACUCCUUGUUGUCAGUUACCUGAUUCUUAUAAGGAUUUAAUUGCACAAGAACAAGAUGAGCUGGAAGAUCAAUAUGAAAUGCAAAAGGAUAUGGAAGAACAGCUUCAGUUUGCAGCAGAGGAAAAGGCUCGUUUGACAAACACGCUUGAAUCCUUAAACAAAGAACGUGAACGACAAGCUGCUGUAUUACGUUCCGCAGAGGCGAGAUGCAGGAACGCAGAGAUGAAAGAACUUUGUGCCUCAGAAACUGUGCAACGAAUUACAAGAGAGAAAAGUCAGAAAGAGAGGCAUUUGGAAGAGGCAUUGCGUUUGCUAACACGGGAACUGAUGGAUCUUCAAGCCAAACUGGCGAGAGCAGAAGAAAUAGAACGUGUUGGACCAAUAGGCUCUCUGCUUAAAAGGUUUCAGUUUCGGAGGUAG